AGGAGAACAUUUGGAAAUGGAUAUAACCGAGACAAGACAGAUCUAAAGCUAUUGUCCACUUUGCCACUGUCAUUUUCUCUCCCGUGAUGGCAAUCAGUUCCUCACCUUCAUCGUCUUCUUCGUCUUCUUCCUCGGUUGCUUCUUCCAAUAACUCGAAGGCAUGGAUCAUCCAUGGCAUCGUGAUUGGAGUUUCAAUUGCAGCUGCUGCCGGUGCUCACGCUUACCUCCGUCGAUUCAACAAAUUCCGUAGCCGGGUCGUAGGCAUCAUACCCGCUCGAUUUGCUUCCUCUCGCUUCUCUGGAAAGCCUCUCGUUCAAAUUCUUGGCAAGCCUAUGAUCCAGAGAACAUGGGAAAGGGCAAAGCUGGCAGCUUCAUUGGAUCAUGUUGUUGUGGCAACUGAUGAUGAUAAGAUUGCUGACUGCUGUCGGAAUUUUGGUGCAGAUGUCAUAAUGACAUCAGAGUCUUGCCGAAAUGGUACUGAACGCUGCAGUGAAGCCCUACAGAAGCUCGGGAAAAAGUAUGAUAUUGUUGUAAACAUUCAAGGUGAUGAACCACUUAUUGAACCUGAAAUAAUAGAUGGUGUUGUCAAAGCUUUGCAGGCAGCGCCAGACGCAGUGUUCAGCACUGCAGUUACCUCUUUAAAGCCUGAAGAUGCGCUUGAUCCAAACAGGGUGAAAUGUGUGGUUGAUAAUCAUGGUUAUGCCAUCUAUUUUUCACGAGGAUUAAUCCCAUUCAAUAAGUCAGGGAAAGUCAAUCAAGAGUUCCCUUAUUUGCUUCAUCUUGGGAUUCAGAGUUAUGAUACAAAGUUUUUAAAGAUAUACCCAGAUCUUCAACCUACUCCAUAUCAACUUGAGGAGGACUUGGAGCAGCUUAAAGUUCUUGAGAAUGGCUAUAAGAUGAAGGUUAUAAAAGUUAACCAUGAGGCCCAUGGUGUUGACACUCCCGAAGAUGUUGGAAAAAUAGAAGCUCUUAUGCACGAGAGAAACUUGUCUUAAAACAUCAAGUUAUAGCAGUGAAACUGUAUGAAAAUUAAUUUUAGUUAUUGUUUAAGGAUGAUUAUAUCGUGUUAUGAGUACAUAUAUAUUUUUAUAUAUAUUUUAUCAUUUUUGCACAAACUAAAAA